AUUCCACUCCAUUCCAAGAAGUUCAAACAAACCGCCCCACAGUGAAUUUUAGAAAUCGCUCGAGAAUUUGGGGAAUUUAAUUAUAAUUUCCCAAAGUGGUUGUUGGGUUGUUUGUAUGUCGUUGAAAGUUGGGUUGCUUUAGAAGCUUAGAACCCUAAAACCCCCCAAAAACCCCCAAAAACAAAAACCUGGGAAGAAAUGAUAGGACGAGCCAGAGCAAUUCAAUUGCUCCAAAAAGGAUUAAUGUUUGAAACCCAGAAAAUAGUUUCCUCAAAUCUGAGUUCUGGUUGUGUAAGAAGAAGCAGCAGCAGUUAUGUCACCCAAAUGAGAAAGUCGAGCAUUGAUGCAAAUACCUUGCGACUUCUCCGCAAUGAGAUUCAAUAUGAAGUUGAUUGUUCUCCUCUCCAACAGCCACCUUUUGAGAUCAAUGGAUUCAAGGUGGCUGAGCGGCCUGGUGAGCAGUGGAUUAGCUUGGAAAAACAAUUUGGAGAGAAUGAAGUGAUUAAACUCGAAGCCACUAUGUUUAAUGGUUCAGUCCCUGUUCCUAACCAGGGUGAGAAAGCUGGUCUGCCUGGCCAGGAUGUUCAAUUGCAUAUAUCGAUGAUAGUUAGUAUUUUCAAGAACAACUCUAACCAAGUCCUCGAGUUCGUCUGCUCUGCUUGGCCUGACACUAUAGCAAUCUCUAAACUUUUUGUGCGUCAGCAGGCUAAGGUGCCACUUAACCCUUAUACCGGUCCUAAAUUCAGGGAGUUGGAUGAUGAGCUACAAGAUUCACUGUAUGAAUUCUUGGAAGAAAGGCAGAUAGAUGAUACACUUUGUGUUUUCUUGCACAACUAUGUAAAUUAUAAAGAGAAGGCUGAAUACAUUCGUUGGAUGAACUCUGUAAAGUCAGUGAUGGAGAAGUAGCAUGUUUGCCUCUAGAUGAAUGUGCUUGAUGGCGCAACUUGAGCAGUUAUCAUGAAUACUCAAUCUAUAAUGGUCACUUGUGCUCUAAUGUAAGUGAUGGGAUUUUCUGCAAGGAUUUAUUUUUCCAUUUCGGCAGGUACAAUUGUGAUUUCCAUAAUAGAAAAUAACUGCAAACUACUGCGUUAUCUAUGGGUUUUUGUUUUCGUUUU